ACGAUGCCGAGAUUAGCCCGACUAGCCAUCUCGAUAAUUUUCUUUUUCGUAGAUCUUUUUUGUACUUUCUACUUUAUUCGUUGGCUCACCAUUUUCUCUUUUUGUUGCAUUCACACAGGCAUGCGGGUCAUGGUGGCAUCGCUAAAGGAGGCGGUCUGAAAGAAGAAGAGUAAGGCAGCAUCUAGGCCCGGGGCCCAUCUCGGCCACCAAAGAAGUUGAGAGAGGAGUCUCCAGUUCGAAAGUCGAGAAGCACACAGCCGCUGUCACCACCCCCAGCUCCGACGAUGCAUUUGUCUCCGCCACCUUCCGUCGAGGUCAUGACAGUCGUGGCCUCUCCCUCGACCGACGACGUGGUAGUUGUCGAAGCACUGGUGAGGUCAGUGAAGGCGGUGCAAGCCCUUCCGAUCCAAGCCGAAUUCGAAGGAAGUCGGACAGCUAGUCGAGAAGCUGCCGACAAGGGUAAGGCACCAAUGCUUCCCAGGUUUACCGCGAUCUAUGGUCCGGACAUGCCUUCCGAUGAGUCGACUAUUGCAAUCGGGAUGCACUUCAAAGCCACCAAUCAGGCACUCCAAGACCGCCAACUUGUUGGGGAGCUGGCAAAAAUGGUGAUACUUCCCGCAGACUGGAAAGUCAGUAAAGCACGCCCAGUGUUGGAGAUCCAAUCGGAUGCCUACAUGUCAUUGAUUGGCAUGAUCAAUGAUAUUACAAUAUUGUUGGAAGGGUUGAUCAAGUCAGCUUAGAUCAACCACGACUUGGAGGAUCAGUCGUAGACCGCUCAUGCGUGGGUCGAUAUCUCCGACGAGCUCCUUCAAGCUACCGAUGAGCAGGAAAGAAGGAGCAGAGAGAAGAUCUCUCUGCUAGAGACUGAGUUAGCAAAUUUGGCGGCCCAGCAACGAAGCGAUAAGGAGUUUGAGAAGCUGAAGGUCAAUUAUCAAAAAGAGAUGGAGUCGGCUGAGAGUGCCCUCAUCGAGGAGAAGGAGAGGGUACUGAAGGAGGAGAAGAAGAGGGUACUGAAGGAGGAGAAGGCUGCUGAAGAGACCGCGAAUGUCGCUAAGGAAGCCGAGAAGAUCAUCGAGAAAGCUGAAAAGACUGUCGUCGAACUUCAAAAGAAAUUGAUGGUGAUAGAAAUUUGGGCUCAAGAAGCUGCUUCUCGAGUAUUGAUCGAGUUUCGGGAGUCGAAGGAGUACGAGGAUGAGCUCAUCGAUGCCAGUGCAGAUGCGUUCCAACUCGGGUUCAUGAAGUGUGAGAAGCAAGUUCAUCACCUCAUGCCCAAGCUGGACCUGAGCUCCAUUCAGCCCGAUAAGGAGCCGGACAAGUCGGAUGAUGAGGAUGCAGAGGCUGAAGAGGACCAUCCCCAACUGACCUCCUAA